CUAAGUCGCCAGGAAGAACCACGACCUCUCUGUCUCUCUCUCUCUCUCUCUCUCUCUCUCAAAUUAGGGCUUCCAGAGACGAAAACCCCUCCAUCUAUCCAGAGAGAGCGAAUCAGAACAAUCUCUGGAUAGUUCUAAUGGAUCAGAUAUUGAACAAGGUUGGAUCGUACUGGAUAGGCCAAAGAGCCAACAAGGAGCUCAAUUCCGUCGGCGAUGAUAUCAAUUCGGUGUCUAGCAGUAUUGAAGGAGGAGCCAAAUGGUUGGUCAACAAGUUUAAAGGAAAAAUGCAAAAGCCUUUACCAGAACUGCUAAAGGAGUAUGACAUGGCUGUCGGUAUCUUCCCCCGUGAUGCCACCAACUAUGAGUUCAACGAAGAAACUGGAAAGCUUACCGUCUUCAUUCCCUGCGUUUGUGAGGUUGGUUAUAGGGACUCAUCUGUCUUGCGUUUUUCUACUGCCGUAACUGGAUACCUGGAGAAAGGAAAGCUAGCUGAUAUCGAUGGAAUUAAAACAAAGGUGAUGAUUUGGGUAAAAGUGACAGCCAUAUCGAGUGAAGGAUCAAAGCUAUAUUUCACAGCUGGGCUGAAGAAAACCAGGAGUAGAGAGGCUUACGAGGUUCUUAGAGAUGGAGUAAGUGUGGAUAAAUUCUAAAAUGGUCGAUUUUAUAUCAUAUUAUCAAAGUUGUAACCCCGGUUCGAGGGCGCCUGGACCCUCUUCUGGCUUUCUUCCUCCAUGCUUGGUUGGUGUAAUCAUGACUCGUAUAAAUCAACUUCUAUUGCUUCUGCGUUUGUGA